ACGCACCACCGCCCACACCACACCACCCACCCACCCACCAAAAAGCCAAACCCAACCAUGGCAUCCAGCACGCCCUCCCAGCCCCCCCGCUCAGAAGCAUACACGACGCCCGCGAACCCCGUCACGCAAACACCCUCGGAAGCCCGCACCGCCGCCGCGCACACUUCCCCCAGCGACAGCGACCCCACGCUCGCGCACCGCACCGCCUCGCAAGACACGCCCUCCUCCGCGGCCGUGCCCAGCGCCCUCGGCCGCGGCAUCCACGGCGCGGGCCCGGGCGAAGAAGCGCGCGGCAAGACGGAGGAAGACGUCGGACGGCACAGGGAGCUGGACGCGCAGCAGAUGGCUGCGCCCGGCGAAGGGGAGGUGUGGGACGCUGUUGAGGGGCAGGGGAAGGGCGCGGGGGCGAGUGGCAUGGAGCGGGAUUUGGCGGCGGAUUUGGACCGGAAGAAGGCCGAGCAGGCGCCUGCUAGAGAGGCCAUCAAGGCCGAGCGCGCCCACGAUGUCGAUGUCGCUGGCGUGUUGGGCCAGCGCGGCGGGCCGGCGAACCCGGUUGGCAAGGACGGGUACCCGAACACGGGGUCUGGCUAGGCUAGAGGGCACGAGAGGGAGGAGAGACUGCGUGUGCCUUACCUGAGGCAUUUGGCUGGGGUUGAUGGACAUGGACAUGGACACGGAUAAGGGUAGGGUUAAAUUCUAGGGACACUGGAUGGCUUGCAUGAAUCAUGACUAUUCCUUGCGGCUGGAUGAGCGUCCGCGGAGGAUUCGCGUCGUCUCUGUCUGCCCUUCUUGGGGUUGCUUCUGUCUUUUGUGCCUCGUGUCCCUCUUCUAUACUGCAGUUGCCUACUGCGGGACCAUGGCUCUCUGGCUUGGUGAUCCUGGAG